UUAUGUGAUUGUAAUUAUUUUUUAAUAUAAAAAUUAUACAAUACAUCAAUUUAACAUUUCUAAAAGCCGCAAUGGAGGAAAUGUCUGAUACACUUUAUGAACUCAAUCUUGGGAUUAAAGAAAAUAAAUCCUCUCCAGAAAUCCAGAAAGUUUUAAUGAAAAUAAAUAAACAGAUUUCUGCUGAAGGCUGUGACAAAAAAUCUUUAAUGGAAUACUUAAUCAAGAAUGGGAUUGUGGAUACAUUUUGCUUAAUUUUGAAGUCAAGAGAACGUUUUUCUGCUUCUACAUUUGCUUUAGUGGCUGAAAUUCUGGCUGAAGUAGCUAAGCUUGAUUCUGGUCGUCAAAUUUGCAGUGAUAGUGCUGUUAUUGUUCCAUUAUUAGAGUUGUUGUUAAACAAUGAUUCUAAUGUUGUUUUACAAGUCUGUAGAGCACUAGGAAACAUUUGCUAUGAUAAUGAUGCUGCUCGAAGUUUAGUAAAGGAACACAAUGGUGUUGAUAGACUCAUACAACUGCUGAGAAAUCUCUUGGAGAAAGACAAUCUACCUGAAAAUUUAAGGACAAUUACAUCGGGUUGUCUCCUGAAUUUAACAGAUACCUAUGAGGAAAUACAAGAUCAAGCAGUAGAAGCAGGAAUUUUAGAUGUUUUGCUUCAAUACCUUUUGAAGUUUAGCUCAGAUGAAGAUGUUGUUACUCAUUGUUUAUUGGUUCUCAGUUGCCUGGCUGAUAGUAAUAAUGGCCGUGCAAAAAUACUUGAAAAGUCUGUCCUUUCUUCUCUGCUUAAUCUACUAGAGAAACCUUUAAAUGAUGACAUUUUAGAUUCUCUUCUUGAACUUUUUGGAAAUCUUUGUGAAAAUGAUUCUGCAAAACUCAGCUUGGCAGAAAUGGGCUUAUGUGAAAAACUAGUGCAGCUGGUCAGGAAGCAUUUAAGUUCUGGAAAUGUUGUCAAUGGUACAUUCAAUGUGUGUAAAACUGUUCCGGAUUUAGUCAUAUUGAUUCUAACUGGUGAUGCAAGCAUGGAACAUUUGUGGAACGAUGGGCAAGGAGUUGUGUAUAAAGAAACUUUAUCAUGGCUAAAAAGUAAUGAUGAAAAUCUUCUUAUUGCGGGUGCUUUAGCAACAGGAAACUUUGCUAGAAAAGAUAGUCAUUGCAUUCAAAUGUUAGCUGAUGGUGUUGUAGAAGAACUGCGAUCACUUUUGGCGAAACAUUCUGGUAGGGAUGGGGACAUUAGAAUGCAGCAUGCUGUCCUUUCAGCAUUGAGGAAUUUAGCUAUUCCUGCUCAAAAUAAAGCAGCUAUGGUCAAUCUGGGUGUUGUGUCUAACCUGAUUGAAAUGAUGAGUGUUGAGACAUUUCCUGUAGUUUUCAAACUCCUUGGUACUUUGAGAAUGUUACUUGACAAGCAAGAAAAUGUUGCAAAAUCUGUUGGUGAAAAUUAUGGUUUUGUAAAGAGGCUUGUGGGAUGGAGUAAUGUGGAAGAUCACCCUGGUGUCAAGGGUGAAUCAACAAGACUUCUAGCUUGGUUGGCAAAAAAUUCUAAAUCACCUGUGGUUAUGAAGAAUCUUGUCAAAACCAAUGCUUUACCCCCAGUGAUAUCAAUGAUGAAAUCAGAGCAUGUUGUUAUGCAGAAUGAAGCAUUAGUUGCAAUUACUUUAGUUGCUACAAGUUGUUUAAGUGAUGUGGAAGAAAUUGCUGGUUCAACAGAUUUAAUCAAUACUUUAUAUCAAGUCAUGGGAAGCGAUAUAAUUGUACCAGAACUCACUCAAAAUGCUUUAUCCCUUCUUGUGGUUCUUUCAAGCUCUGCUAAAUUGCGACCUGUGAUUAAUGCUACCCCUAUACGCUCAGAUCUGAAAGCUUUAAAAAAUCACAAUGAUGAGAAGAUCAAAGAAUUAGCUGGAAAAGCUCUUCAGUUGCUUGAAAAGUCAAAAGCUACUUGAAUGAUUUAGGUCUCAUUGUGUUGUUUUUAAUGUUUGCUCACAUUCUUUUUAUGAUAUUUUUAUGAGACAUCUAUUUUCAAAACCAGAUAUAUCACUUUUGUUAAAUUUUUCAGAGGAUAGUAAAGAUAUUAUAAACUCAUUUAGUUGCAAUAGUAUUAUGCUGAAUCUUUUUUCAUUGGAAGAUUUUUUAAAAUUUGUUUUUCCACUUAGUGCCACUGAUUUUAACCAAAUUCUAAGUUGUUAUAUAUUUUUUUUUCGUGAGUAGUUAGUAUGAUUUUAAAAAAGCUAAAUUUUUUCCCUCUGUUUGGUUUUUAACUAUGCUAUAGAAUCCAUCAGGUUUUGCUAUAAAAAAAGGUGUAUUUCUAUUCAAGAAAUAUCCCUCUUUUGCUUUAUAUAUUUUAUUAAUCAUCAUAAUUAAAACUUUAAAAGAGUGUAGUAAGGGCAAAAAACUUUAUUAGAACAAUUAACUUUUAAGUGAUAUACAGCAGCCAGUGCAUAUUUUUUUAAACUGAUUUCUUUACUUAUUUUCAUUUUGAGCUAGCUACUGUAUCCAGACCACAAAAUGUAACUGUUACUGAUACCUAUUAUGGAAACUGAAAGUAUGUAGCAUAAUCGGUUAAUUAAAAAAAAUCUCUCUAUCUGGUUUUUAAAUUAGAGGUCUCAGAUUGUAAAUUAUUAUUUCAUUAUAAAUGCAGUCAUUUUUUCCCAGAGAAGCAAACUUUUAAACUUAAUACAUUUU